AUGACUACAAUAAAAGGUCCAGGAGCCGCACAGGUACACAACGGCUCGGGGCUCAGGAUUGCAAUCGUUCACGCGCGUUGGAACAUGGAGAUAAUCGGCCCUCUUGUUGACGGGGCCAAACGAAGCCUCCUAUCAGCCGGAGUACUGGAGGAGAAUAUAUCACUGCAUACCGUUCCAGGCAGCUAUGAGUUGCCCUAUGCCGCGCAGCGGAUUUUUGCCGCCUCACAGAUUCAAGCUGCCAGAAGCUCGGCUUCUGCUCAGGCCAUCAGUGCCACGGACUUGCUUUCUUCUUCAUCUGCAGACCUUGCAAACCAAUCUACUCAACCGCCAUCUACUGAUACGCCCCAGCCAUUCGAUGCCAUAAUUGCGAUAGGUGUUUUGAUCAAAGGGGAAACCAUGCAUUUCGAAUACAUUGCCGAUGCUGUGACUCACGGACUGAUGCGCGUCCAGCUGGAGACGGGCGUGCCUGUCAUAUUUGGUGUACUUACUGUACUGAACGAGGAACAAGGUCUGGAAAGAGCCGGAUUGGGUAAAAAGGGCAUGCAUAACCAUGGCGAAGAUUGGGGCAAUGCAGCCGUGGAACUCGGAGCAAAGAGAAGAGACUGGGCUGAAGGCAGAAACAUUUAG